CACAAAAAGAAAGUGAGCGGCGUAGCAAAGAAGAGGAAGAGGAGGACGGGAGGUAAAUACAGAGAGACUUGUUUGUGGACUACUGUGUGACAUGGGAGGAACGUUAUAAAGUCAUCCAAGGAAACCCGGACUUGACUUUUACUUUUGUGAAAUAAGGAAAGGAGAUAUAAAAGUGGAGAAGAAAUGAAGGACUUAGUGCAGUCAGUGGAACUUGGGGUCUCUGAGAGGAAAGGAGUUAAAGUAACUCGACCCAGAGUCUGGAUACAGAAUGAAGUGGUUCGCGUGGGACUCGCUGAAACCCUUUGCACUUACAUCAUGAUGUCUUUUGGCCUGGGGUCUGUGGCUCAGGUAGUGACAGGACAGGGGGCCUUUGGACACUUCAUCAGUAUUAACCUGGGCUUUGGACUUGGUGUUGCUAUGGGGGUUCAUGUUGGAGGGAAGGUCUCAGGGGCUCACAUGAACGCAGCAGUGUCCAUCACAAUGUGUGCAUUUGGCCGCCUUGCAUGGAAGAUGCUACCCAUCUAUGUGUUUGCACAGCUACUGGGUUCAUUUCUGGCAGCAGGGACCAUUUAUGCUGUUUAUUAUGAAGCUAUACAUGACUAUUGUGGAGGAAACUUGACUGUAACUGGUGCCAGGGCCACAGCUGGUAUCUUUGCCACCUAUCCUGCACCCUACCUCUCCUUACCGGCUGGAUUUAUUGACCAGGUGUUUGGCACAGCUAUGCUGCUGCUGUGUCUGAUGGCAUUCAGUGACCAGAAGAACAAACCAGCCCCAGCGGGACAUGAGCCUAUUAUUGUGGGCCUCCUGGUGCUGCUCAUUGGCAUUUCUCUGGGCAGCAACAGCGGCUAUGCUAUCAACCCCACCAGAGACAUUGCACCCAGGGUGUUUACAGCCAUAGCAGGCUGGGGACCUGAUGUGUUCAGAUCUGGUAAUGGUUGGUGGUGGGUACCUCUUGUUGCACCCCCAAUUGGAGGAAUAUUGGGUGCAGGGAUCUACAAGGUCUUUGUGGAGUUGCACCACCCUCCCGUCUCUCGGGGUGACAGGCUACUGGAGGAGGAGACUGUUGCUCUGGAAAAACAAGAAAACAGCUGUGCAAAUGUGUGUGUCUAAG